UUCUUCUCUCCCAACCAUCCCAAAUCGCAUGGUUAGGAACCCGCGCCCGGAGCUAGGUGGAGAAGGCGUUGACGUGCUAGCGGCGUCAGCGUGCGAAGCAUAAGAGGAUUUGUUGACCUAGAAGAAGCGGAGGUGAACCGCCUGUCCUUCACCCCCUUCGCGUGCUUCAGUUGCAAAGCGGAGGAGUAAAGGGAUUUAAGAUUCUGCAGGAUUUCGACUGUUUGGUAGGAUUUACGCAAGAUUUAUUUCGUAAAUCCUACCACCAAUAGGAGUAAAAGUGAAAGUCGUCUCGCUCGCAAACGUUAUCUUUAUCGCUGUUAGUCAGCCGAGGGUACUAUCCCCUUCUUUUACAGUGAAGUCACCCUCGCUUAGCGCUACAAUACGCACUCUGACAAGGGAGGGUUAAGUUAUAGAAACGAGUGCUAAAGCAGUAACUCGCUGAAAUGAAGGUCGUUGCGCUGGUGAGUGGGGGGAAGGAUAGCUGCUUCGCGAUGAUGAAGUGCAUAGAUUUCGGCCACGAGAUUGUUGCACUGGCCAAUUUGAUGCCAGUCGAUGAUUCUGUUGAUGAAUUGGAUAGCUACAUGUAUCAAACUGUUGGCCACCAAAUUAUCAUUGACUAUGCUGAAUGUAUGGGUUUACCAUUGUUUCGUCGAAGGAUACAUGGAUCAACAAGGAAUCAACAAUUAAGCUACAAAAUCACUCCAGGAGAUGAAGUUGAAGAUUUGUUUAUUUUGCUAAAUGCAGUUAAACAACAAAUUCCUUCCGUGACUGCUGUGUCAUCUGGCGCUAUUGCAUCUGAUUAUCAAAGAUUGAGGGUGGAGAGUGUUUGUACAAGGUUAGGACUUGUUUCUUUGGCUUAUCUAUGGAAGGAAGAUCAAGUACUCCUUCUUGAAGAGAUGAUACGAAGAGGCAUUGUAGCUGUUAUUAUUAAGGUUGCGGCUAUGGGUCUGAACCAGAAACACCUUGGGCGAGAACUUGUGGAUCUGCAGAGCCAUCUGCUUCAAAUGAAUGAGCUCUAUGGAAUUAACGUAUGCGGUGAAGGAGGAGAAUAUGAAACAUUAACUCUUGAUUGCCCACUUUUUAAUAAUGCUCGAAUUGUACUCGACAAGUUCCAAGUAGUACUUCAUUCACCUGAUUCAAUUGCACCUGUUGGUAUUGUUCAUCCAUUGGCAUUCCAUUUGGAGCACAAAAUAGAUUAUCCUUCAUACAGAUAUAUGGAAAACAAUGAUUUUACUUCAGAGAAAAGAGGCUGUGUUUUCCAUGUCAAGGAAGAUUUAUCGCCAAACUAUUUGAAAAAGUGCAAUUCUAAGGAUGUAAUAUUUGACAAAUUUGACACCAUUGAUAGUGCGAAGAUGAGUAUAUCAACUUGCAAAAGGGGCACCUUUUCCAUUGGCUGUUGGGUUCCAAAUUCUACCCCUUGUGAAGGGUUGCAGAAAGAUCUCGCAGCAGUUCUUCAUUCGAUUGAGUUACAACUGAGGAAAGAUAAGCUCAAUUGGUCCCAUGUUUUGUACAUCCACCUCUACAUUUCUGAUAUGAAACAAUUUGGAGUAGCCAACGAUGUUUAUAUGAGUUUCAUUACGGAAACUAAUUGCUAUUUUGGCGUGCCAUCGCGUAGUACAAUUGAGAUUCCUAUUGCAGAGAUCGGUCUAGGCAACGCAUAUGUUGAAGUUCUGGUGUCAACUGAUCGGUGUAAAAGAGUUUUGCAUGUACAAAGCAUAUCAUGCUGGGCUCCGAGUUGCAUUGGACCUUAUAGCCAGGCAACCCUGCAUAAAGAAGUUCUUUACAUGGCUGGACAGCUUGGAUUGGACCCCCCUACAAUGCUACUCCACCCUGGAGGUCCAGCUCUCGAGAUGGAUCAGGCUCUGCUUAAUUGUGAGGCUGUGGCCAAUUACUUCAAAAGCUCCCUCGCUACUUCUGCAAUUGGGAUUACUGUAUAUUGUUCUGCAUCUCUUUCUUCAUCUGAGGCGGUGGAAUUACAGAAUCGAAUGCAUCAUUUCCUGAAGUACCGUACUUCCCAUAAUGAAGGAUUCCUUGGGGAAUAUAAUCCUAUUAGCCUAUAUGUUCUAGUUCCCAAUCUUCCGAAGGGUGCACUUGUUGAAGUGAAACCUGUUCUUCACCUUGCUGAGAAUGGUAAAUCUGAAGUUCAAUCAGUCAUGCUGAAGGAACCUGGUCCAACUACACCGAUUUAUUCUGGCUUUAGUUAUUCAGAUUGGCAUAAUCGUUGUUGCCAGGUAAAUGUUGUUCCUGGGAAGAUAUGCAUGGCUCUGAUUUCUGGAACAAAAGACCAUGUUGGAAGCAUAUUAUCCGAAGUUGAUGUUGAUCUCGUCUCUAUUCGCUCUGGCAGCUUGCAGAAGCACUUGAAAGCGAUUGUAUUAUUCUUUAUUAGUCUUAUAGACAAGAUUAUAUCUGAAAAUGGAUUUUCCUGGCAGGAUUUGCAGAGCCUGAGGUUCUACUUCUCGACUGAUUUAGCCACCACAGCAGAUUUUCUUUUCCCCAUAUUUUCCGAGGCUUUCAUUGAUUUUGCUGAGUCAGGCAGUAACAUGGAUGCAACCAAUGUGCCUCAUUUCAAUCUAUUGCCGGUUUUAGCUUCUGGAAUAUCUGCCGCCAUGAAUGACUUGAUCACAUGCGAGUUAUUUGCUUCAAAGCUUGAAAGUUGAGAUUUAUCAUAACCAAGGUACUUGAUGAAAACUUAAUUUUUUUUAUUUUUUA